AUGAUCCCCCUCGCGGGCAAACACGCCGUCGUCGUCGGAGCCACCGGCACAAUAGGCGCCCACAUAGCCCAGGCCUUCGCCGCCCAGGGAGCAGUCGUAUCUCUCCUCGGCAGGACGGCCCUCCAAGCCCGAGCCAAACUAGAGCCCCAGCUCACACCCUACACUGCAUCACACGGCCAAAAUUCGCCAUCCGACACGCCUACUAGCCACCGCUUCAUAAGGCUAGACGUCGCCGACAGGGCGAGCAUAAAGCAUGUUUUUGACCCUCGUGCCUCCCAAGUAAGCGUCGCUGUGGUUGCCCGUUUCCGCCAUGGACGUGGUGUCAAAGCUUACCAAAGGGCCAAGCAGCACGCCGAGGCGGUUGGGCCGCUGGAUGUCCUCGUCAACUGCGCGGGUAUUUCUCAGACUACGCUUUUGAAGAGGACGCCUGAUGAAGAGCUCGCCAGUAUACUUGAUACGAAUCUGCUGUCCACCAUGCUUGUGUGUAAGCACGCCAGCGUUCGGCCAAACGGUGAGGACGCAAACCCGCCACGAGUACAAUGCAGCAGCAGCACACGUGUCGUGCGAGUUCUAAUGAAAAAGGCAGGCUGCAUCAUCAACGUCUCCAGCUUGAUGGCUACGAAAUCCGGCCUUGGUGUUACUGCGUAUUCCGCUUCCAAGGCAGGCGUAGUGGCUUUCACCCGUGCUCUGUGCAGGGAAAUGGCCGCCAGAUCUAUCCGUGUAAACGCUCUCCUACCGGGCUGGGUCCAGAGCUCUAUGUGGGAUCGUAAGAACUUCCUCCCCCGUUCUGUCCAGAUGCCCUUCCCAGCGUCCAUCCUCAUCUUGAUGUCGCCAAAUGCCAACCUGGGAGAAAAAAAACAAGCUGAAUAA